GUCGUCAUAGCAACCAGAAGAAAAGAGAAGAGAGAGAGGCCAUGUUUUCUUGAGAAAUAGCGCUAAAUUCGUCUUUGUUUCUCCUCUAUUUCAUCAUGUCUAUGACACAAACUGUGACAAGGCAGCGGCUUCAGCCUGCUAGAACUCAUGACUAUCUUUAUGAUCCACUGCAUACGCUUUCGAGCGACCGCGAUCAUGCAAGAGCUACAUUCAAAGCCCACACUGGCACCGAUAGAGUUAAAAGAGUACCUCAUUACAAGACAAUGUUCAGCGAUCUUCCGCACCAUCCUCGCUACAGCGUACACUUGGAGGUCACAGAUCCAGUACCGAAGUUCAUCCCGAGGCAAUGGAGAGGCUAUCAGGAACAAGCUAGAGAAGCACUGAUCAGAUAUACAACGUUCAACUAUGACCCAAAUGUCUCAGUCCCUCCAAAAGUUCACCCAUAUACUGACGUUGGUGGCCAAGACCGAUACAAGUUCUUCAGACGACCUAUCAUUCCUUUUCUCCAGCAAGUUCCACCAGAUGUAUUACUUCAGACUGCAAGAGACCCCAUGGCCCCACUCGAUAGCAUGAGAGAGCGACCGCCAACACCCCUCACAAGAACAGUCAUGGUUCAGACAGACUACAGGGAAAGCGAAACCCAGACUGACCCCUACUCACCUGAAUAUGUAGUCAGACCAGGUUCGCAGCCUGAGCUCCUGACGCUAGCCACUCUAUCCCAUGGGCAUGGUUUGCCAGCUGGCUUAGCUGAAGUAGAAAUGAUUGAAAGGGCUCGUGCAAAGAGGAUAUGGGAAUCCACCCUCCCAGCACUUAAUGACAUGGAUAACCUUGAGAAAAGAAGACACAUGAUGGAUGAGCAGGAGAGGAGGGAGUGGGCCUUCAGAGAGUCAGAGAUAGAGAAGCUACAAGAAGCAAGGCUUGAAGUUCUUCAAAGGAUUUUGCAGGAAAGAGAGGAAGACCACGCCGAACUGAAUACCAAGCGACUUGAUAGAUUAUGGUCUAAAAAGCAGAAGGAAAAAGAAGCCAAAUUCGACAAAAUACAGAAGGAACACAUAAAAAAAAUGAGAAAACUUAAGGAAAAGCGACGCACAGUGGAGGGGAAACUUGAAAGACGUGACGUUGUGCAAGACUACUCCGACUUUAACUCCCAGACUUAUGCACCCAUGUCCCGAGUUGGCGUCUUCUUGGACCGUGGCUCUGAGCAAUACAGCAUUCAGAGCUUUCACCUCUCAACGUACCAAGGCCUCCUUGAACUUGAGGCUUCUCUGCCGGACUUUGUUACCCAGCCGAGGAUCCAGGCACCAAAACCCAAGUCAGGUGGAAAGGCUGGAUUCGUGAAGCGCACACAGAGAAGACAGAGGGAGUUAGAAGAAGUCGCAGAUGCUAUCAAUCUGGCAAAGAGGCCAGCACAACCUGAGAAGCCACUUAAGUUCUUGGUGAAAGUUGAGAAGCCAGUGCCACGCCCACCGACCCCGUCUGUGGAGAUACCCUCACAGGCCGAGGAAGAUGCUGAGCUCGCCACCAUUUUCCUACAGAAGAUCAUCCGAGGGAGAGCAAUACAGAACAUGAUGUUCGAAGGGAAGGAGAAGCGCCUCGAGUUGAUCCAGGAGCUGCGGAGCACCCACGCCCUACAGGAGGGGGGGCAGGCUGAAAAGCGCAAUGAACGCCAGUCGGUACUAACACUACAGAGACAGCGCCGGUUAGACCAGCACAAGGAGUCGUUCGUGGAGGAAGCCCUCGCGCGCACCGAGGGCGGCACACUCGCAGACAUGUUUGACUUCCUAAGCAAGGAGCUUAUUCGCUUGCAAGAGGAGAGACGCAUCCACGCGUUCGCAAUGUUGGCCGAGCGUCAGCGUCGCAUUCGGGAGGCUGAGGAGAGUGGAAGGAGACAGGUCGAGGAACGGCGCAGGCGCGAAGAGGACGAAAUCUUCAAACAGGUUGUCAAAGUGCACCAGAACACUGUGGACACAUACCUUGAGGAUGUCAUCAUGGGCGCCAUCGAGGUGACUGCUGAGGACCAGGCUCGCAAGGAGAUCCAAGAACAAGCGGAGAAGAUCAACCAGAUCGCGCAUGACAUGGAACAAACGAAAACCAAGCUGCAGUCGGAGGAGAUUGUUGCCGAAUUAGUGACAUCAUUCUUACUACCGGAAGUGCAAAAGAUCACUGUCAGAGAGAAGGUCAAACGUCACCAGCGCAAGCACCUUCUAGCAGCGCACAGAAUCAUUCACGGGAAGACUGAAGAGAUUAUGCAAACUCAUCCCCAGCCAGAUCCGAAACCUGUCGAACCGAAUCAACAACAGGAAGAACCAGAAAAACCGGUUUCUCCUAAAUCCCAGUCUCGACCCAGCACCCCAAAGGUUGGAUCGAGGCCACCUUCCCGACCUCCCUCUGGAUCCCCCCGUCAAUCGCCCCAACCCUCCAUAGAAACGACCGAGCAGACUGAAUGAAGCAAGGGAUCUGAUCUUAAGUCUUACUGUAUUUGGCAUAAACCACGAAAAAGAAAUGUAAAAAGUGAAUGAAAUGAGUGGUCAGCAAUAUGAGCACCUCAUGUAGAUAUCUUAUAUAUUAAUAAAAUAAUAUUAAAUUCCAAA